UGUGUGUGUGUGUGUGUGUGUGUGUGUGUGUGUGUGUGCCAUCUCGACAACAUGCAGGCCAGUACAGCCUCUCCCUCAACACUUAUUUAACAGCCUCUAUUGUUGCACUUUGUGUCCAGUCCAAGCUUGUUGCUCCCUGGGCUCAGAUGCUUUAAGCUGCUGGAAGUGGCAGCACCAGAGGAGUCAGGAGCAGAAAAUGUUUGUCACUAUUCUGUUUGGAGACAGCGGGAUGGAAAUGUUGAAUCUCAACUGUAGGCUGAUAAACUUCCUUCAUCAUCUAAAGGAGAGGUGCGGUCUGGACUUUAAAGAGUGCGUGGACCUGAUGGACAGCAGUGGUUCAGUGAUGAACUUACAGGCGAAGCAGCACAGCGAGGCUCUGGCCAGCAGCGUGCUGGUGGAGAGACAAUGCUACGUCCUCCUACAAGUCUGCAAUGAUGAUACUGGGGGUCAGAAAUACGUGUCUCUCCUAAACAACCACAGCCAGAGUCAUCCUGAGUUUACAGAGCUGUUGAGGAAACUGUCAAACCCAAACAAGGGGAGGGACAGAAAGAUGAGAGGAGGAUGGACACAGAGGAACAAUCCGGCCAAACAAACCAGGAGAAAAAAAAACAUCUCUGCAAAUAACAAGAGCCACCGAAUGAAGUAGUUUCUAUGAGUCAUAACACUGUUCUGUAGAAACCCUGAAACAUUUACACAUAAAUAGACCAGGUAUAUCCUGUAUUUAUGCAUCUACCUAUUUAAGUCAUCAGUAAUAGGAAUUUGGCAAAUCUAUGUUUUUCAUUUUACCGACUGAGUUGUAAGUUCUGUAACGGUAAAUACUAAUUAUUAUACAACAGUUAGUUCCGACCAAGUAAUUUGAUUGGACGAGAGGCAUUACAUGAGUGCUGAGAUAGAGUACAAAGCACUGGGACUUUUAACUACGUGUAUCACUCCGCUUCACAGCUGUUCUAUUAGCUGUUAAUCAGCGUCACAUUAACGUUCGUUGUCUCUCUUAUAUUGUAACAAACUUUGCAAAGAUUAAAAUGUUUCCAGAAAUAACAUUUGAAUUAAAUGGUGUGUGGUUGUCAGAAGAGGAUGAAGGGAAGAAGCCUGGAUACUCCAGCGCACAUCUGAGGUAACGUGUAGACAAAGUAGCAAGCUAGUGUGCACUGUGCAUGUCAGGAAAAUGUUUAUGUUGCUUAGCAACAGUCCAAUACCGGUCCAGUUGUGGAACUAUUUGUAUUAGCGUUGCCAAAUAAAUGAUAAAAUAAUAAUAAUAAUAAUAAUAAUACAUUAUAUUUAAAGGCGCCUUUCUUGGCACUCAAGGACACCGUACACAGUUACACAAAUUGAGAAUAAAAACACAUUAAGAAUUAAUUAACAACAAUAAAAAUGAAAUAUAAAAAUAAAAACAAUACAAAAGUGACAGUGCAAUUGGCAUCAGAUGGAAAAGGCAGUUAAACAAACAAAUCAUAAUCUGUUGUUGCUCAUUUAACUAAAAUGGCGCUCGUAGAACUGUUGUAUAAAACAAAAGGUUCUGAUGUUGUACUGAAUAUCAGUAAUCAGCUGUGAUUCGGUCAUAGGUACGAGGCUGAAGACAAGCACAGCUGAUACACAGCUGAUUACUGAUAUUCAGUACAACACCACAACUUCGAAAUGAAAAGAAAAGGUUCUCAUAAUGACGGAUACCAUAAAAUUAUAGAUUAACUGUUGUUACAUUAUGAAUGAAUGUUGUUAUUUUUAUUUCUGUAGGAUGCAAAUUGUUCGGUUUGUUUUCAGCUACACAGCCAUUACAUGUGGGAGUUAUUCUAUAAACUAGAUUGUGUGGUACAAUCUGCUUUAAUUUAGCUGUGCAUAACUUUUGACUGUGAACUCUAAUGUUAUAACUAGGACAACUUUGAACUUAUGAACAGCAGGUUGCAACACUGACAAACUGUACAGACUAUGGCUAAGUUCGAAAUCACUCCCUAUUUACUUUGGUGCACCACAGGGUGUGAGUCCAUGAGCCAAGUGUCUGUGGUUAGUUCACAUCUGUAACAACAGCAGGACAGAGAGGUGUUUAAACAGGAGAUAUUACAACUAGAAAGUUGAAUUUAAAUUACUUUUAAAAAGAACAUUUGUGAGUUUUAUGGAUGAGGGUGAAACUGUAGUUUUUUUUCUGUGCACACAAAGUAAUUGUUGUUUGACUUUGUUAAAUUCACAAAGGUUUCUAGUAGCAA